AUGAUUGUUCCCCCAUCACCCCGACCCGUCUCGGUCAAAUCGUUGGCCGGCAGCCCAAUCCGCAAACCCCAGGAUUUCUCUGAGGAUGUGGAGGAAGAGCUCCGGAGUAUCAACAAUGACUUCCCGCCCAUCGACUUCAAUUUUGAAUUUACCCCUGUUCAAUCUGUCCCCCAGACUGCACCUCCCUCUGUGUGCGACCCCGAUGCUCAUCAGCAUUUAUUCGCAACUUCGUCGGAAACGUGCUCGUCUCAUGGAGCGAAACAUCCCUCCUCGGCUUUUUCGAGCUUGCCCUCCGAAAUUCAUGACAAGAUCCUGGAUCACCUCCUCGGUCCGAAGGUUUCCAUGUCCAGCCCGAGUGCAACAGUUGAUUCAUCUCCCAAAAGCUGGGCUAAAGCGCCUCGUUUUCCUCGUCGCAAGAAAGUGACAGAUCUGACGCUGGUUUGUCCUUCGUGGAGAAACCUCAUCCAAUCUCGCCUCUACAGACACAUCGAAGUGAAGGGCACGAAUGAUGAGAUGCUCGAAUGUCGAGAAUGGUUCCUCGCCAAUCCACACCUUCUUCGCUAUGUUCGCUUGGUGGAGAUCUGGAUCCCCGUUUGGGGAAAGCGCUCUUACACUCCAGUUCCUCGAAACCUUGAAAGAAGAUCCAGCCAUCACCGGCUGUUCAUGUCGAGGACGAUGGGCUGGGAAGAAGUGCAACACCCCCCAUAUGACAUUCCGUUCCUCCCAUCGGAGGAUAAUGCAACCAUGGAGGAGAUUUUUCAGCAUAUGCAGCUCUUUACUUCUGCACGAGUCCUCAUCUUGCAAGGUGGUCAGGCAAAUACCCCUCCUCAGCUCCGACACUUUCGGAAUGGGGAAGACGAUGAGCCUGCUCGCAGCCUUCCAAGACUGCCUCAUAUCGAGACCUUUGUUAUGCGUGGCGCCUGGAAUCUGGUCCGCAAAUAUUACCAGUGGAAGAAUAUUGCUCGGGCCCUGCCUGCAUUACGCGAAUGGCACGUUGUUUAUCCUACUCUUCGAGCGGAUGUCGAUGAACUCAUUUGCGAAAUCUUCCGUCAUCCGCCAACCCACCUCCGUCAUGUUAACUUGAGCCUCGAAGGGACGGGGGUCGGAGAGGAGAUAGGACCUCUCCAGCAUUUCCCGGAUACCGUCUGUCGUCUACUAGGCGGGUUCGCCUGUCGUCUUGAAACCCUUUCCUUCACUGGAAAAGUAUGCGAUCUAUUCUUCACGCAUUUGGCCUAUCACGCUGGAAAAGCACCGUGGCCACCUCGUCUACGAUCCCUCGAACUUUCCGUUUUGAGCUGCUGCCCUCCGGCUGACGCCUAUUUGACGGGCUAUCCAGUUCCUGUUCGAGGAAUCACCGAGAUGGGAUUCAUUCACGCAUUCGAAGGGAUUGUCUUGCAAGCCAUUGUCUCCCUCGAGUUCCUUCCGGCACUCACAUACCUCAAUAUUCGCUUUCUCGAUGUUUCACCCUUCAUACCUCAAGUGAAACCCUACUUCCGACUCGCCGACGACAAAUGUACUGGUCUAUGGAGUGAUGCCAUACUCAAAUCCUUGCAGCGAAGUCGCCCCCUUGCAAAAUAUGUCGAACUCACUGAUGGAAUCAACCCGUUGUUCAGCGAUGAUGGGCUUCUUCUGGGUAUCUCGCACGUACCUCGCCAGCCGCUCAGUAUCAAUGCUCGUAUGUACGAGUACAUCGCCAGCUAG